UUAUAUUUAAAAUUUCAACUUUCGAUUUUUUAAAAAAGAUAUUUCAUUAUGCAGAAUUCAGUUACGGAAUAAGGGUUGAUCUCGCCAAAUUCUUGUUGACAAAAAUGAAAUGAUUUUAGACAAAAUAGAAAGAAAAAAAAAAUGCCAAACGUCAUUAAAAUUGAUAAGACACCUGAAAAGGGCAAAAGAAGAAAAAUUGGCUGAUAUUUUAUUUUGUUUCCUGCCCUUCGGAGCCCUUCGACUUCUUCGUGGAAUGGACAUCAGCGGCUUGUGACGCAAACCUCCGACAGUCGCGCAGGAUUUUUCAAGCUUUGAUAUGGUUGAAUCUCUUCUUGUGAUUCACCUCGUGCAUCACCUAGGCUUGUCCACCGUCAGCCGCCCCGCCCUCACUCCGCCGCUCUUACUGUGUUUGGCUGUGACCAGCAAAACUCCAUCCUUUUGGUGGAUUUACUUUUAACAAAUUUUCAAAUAAAAGAAUGUCUGAGGCUGAGGCUGAGGCUGAGGCUGCGGAGGUGAAGUUACAUGUCAAGGUUGUGACGAAUAAGGAGAAGACGAAGGUACUAUUUGCAGAAGCUGGCAGCGAUUUCACAGACGUGUUGUUAAGCUUCCUACUUUUGCCAUUGGGAGCAAUCGUGAAUGUCCUCGAGAAGCACUACGGAGACGAGGCACCUGUUAUUGGAAGCUUGAACACUCUUUACAAUGGUGUAGCAAAUCUUGAUAUCAUCCAUUUCCGAUCAGCGGCUUAUAAGGAAAAGCUGCGCAAUCCAUCGUGUUGCCUGAGGCUAAUGCAUAGACUAAGGCUCAAUGUCAACUUAACUCAGCCCCCAAGCUUCAAACCUAGGAAUCCAUAUGAUGGAGUUUUCACUGAGGGUGAAGCUUCUUUCUUGAUCAGCGAUGAUCUUCACGUAUGGCCUAAUGCGGGUGGCUCCAUCGCAAAAACUCUCAGCACUCUCGGCAUCUCUGCAACGGAUGUGGAAGGCGUGGAGACGAGGGAUAUGACAUUCGGAUUGAAUGAGAUCAUGGCUCUGUUGAAGGAAUCGUUGAUCUCCUCGAAUCCACUCACGGCCCUCGUUUUCCCCGGGAGACGGAUGAUCUUAGCAACGGAGGGGCAUAUUUUGCUACGCGAGAGUGACCAGUCCCCGAAGAUGAUUUUACAAGUCAUGCUUGAAAAAUCUACUAAGAAGUUGGUUUUUGCCCAGGCAGAUUGUGAUUUCAUAGAUUUCCUUUUCAGGAUGCUCACGUUUUUUGUAGGAAGAGUUGAGUGGUUUUUGGGGAGCAACACUGGUUUCAAGAGUAUUGAUAAUUUGCAUAGGAGCAUAGCUGAUACGAGUAAGAACUUGCAUCUGAAAACGUCGCGCAUCAAAGACUUGCUAGUCAUGUGCACCCCUACUUCUGAUGAGUUCUGUUGUUCGAAUUUUAACUCCGAUGAGAAUCAAUGUUAUGUUAAGCGAGCGAGAAUGUAUAUGGUACGAGACGACUUAACUGUUGCACCGUUUGGGGUAACCUCCUCUCUUUCUGUUCUCAACGAGCUGAAAAUUUCUCUGUCUGAUGUCGAGGAACUGGAGCUGCAAAUCGGGGCGGGAGAGGGUUUAAGCAUACUGAAAGCGGCUCUUACAUCGACUACUGCUUUGACAGAUGGCCUCAUCAAGCCCUUUUUGAAGAAGAAAGCUCAUCCAGAAAUGGAGGUGUCGAAGAAAAGACCGAAGCUCGAAUGCUGAAUAGGGUAUGGAUCAGUGGAUUGUUUUUAGGUGCUGCCAUUUUCUGGAACUCUGCUUAUUAUGGAUGGAUUUUACCUAACUGAAAACAAGUGAUUUUGGUGUAUUCUGCGCUGCUUGUUAUGAAUAAAUCCAGCAGAAAACAAAUGAUUUUGGUGGGAUUUUGAUGUAAUCUGCUGUGUUUGUUAAUGAUGGAUAAAUCUAGCAGAAAGCAAACUCACUGCUUUAGAGCAAUUGUUAACCAUGUUAGAUUUCAAUAUCAA